AUGGCACCCUUGACCCGUUUCCGAGCCAAUAAAGAACAUGUCCCAACCUCCAACAUGCUCGAGUACUAUACACAGAGAGCAAGCGAGCCUGGAACACUUAUCAUUGCCGAGGCUACACAGAUCUCGCCUCGACAUUGUGGUGGACCUCAGGCCCCGGGCCUGUGGUCUGAAGAUCAAGUCACGGGUUGGAGGAAGAUCACCGAAGCUAUUCACGCCAAGGGCUGUUUUAUGUUUGUUCAACUAUGUGCUCCUGGACGUGCAGGAUCUAAGGAAGGCUAUCCUCUCUACAGUUCAAGUGCCGUUCCAAUAGAGGAGGGGGGCCAAACCCCCAAGGAAAUGACACAGGCUGAGAUUCUGACUUGCAUCUCAGACUUUGAGCAUGCCGCGCUCAACGCAAUCAAGGCUGGAUUUGAUGUAGUCAAGCUCCAUGGGGCAAACGGAUACUUGAUCGAUCAAUUCACCCAGGACACUUGUAAUCGAAGACAUGAUACUUGGGGUGGAUCAAUUGAAAACCGAUCUAGAUUCAUUCUCGAAAUCGCCAAGGCUGUUACUUCAGCGAUUGGAGGCGAAAAGGUUGGAGUUCGACUGAGCCCCUGGAGCACGUUCCAGUCUAUGAAGAUGGAAAAGUCCCUGGCCACGCAGCAGUUCCCACAUAUUGUUCGGGGCUUGAAGGAGUUGAAGCUUGCCUAUCUACACCUUAUCGAAUCUCGAGUAACUAAUUGGGAGGAUAUUGAGAAAGUAGAGGGCCUGGAAUUCGCAUUUGAUAUCUGGAACAACCAAUCCCCUAUCCUUGUGGCCGGAGGAUUCGGACUCGAUACGGCCAAGAAGGCUGUAGAUGAGGAGUAUAAGGAUACUGACACUCUGAUUGUAUUCGGACGCCAUUUUGUGUCUACACCUGAUUUGGUGUUCCGCCUCCGUCAUGGACUGGAAGCCAACCCGUAUGAUCGCUCGACAUUCUAUACUCCUGGACAAGACAAAGGCUACAUUGAUUAG